CCAAGUCGGACUCAACUGUACAUCAUGACAGACGUUCCAGUGACAUUCAGUCAGGUUGAGUGUAAUGGGGAUACACCCCCUGAAAACGGUCAGCAAAAAAUCACUAAAAUCACAGAAGAAGCCAGUGAUAUGGAUGGCACCCCACCAUACUGCAGGGUAGAAUCUAGUCUUAAAGAUGAACCCACGGAAGGAAAUCAGGAGAAAAGUGCAAAAUUACAAGAGAACAUACUGCUGAACUCGUCCAUGGAUGAGAAGAUUCUAAAAGAAAAACCAGAAGAGAAUCUCUAUAUUGUUCAUAAGGCUAUCACAGAUCUUUCUCUCCAAGAAACAAGCGUUGAUGAAAUGACAUUCAGAGAAGGACAUCAGUGGGAGAAGAUUCCUUCGAGCAGCAGUAACCAAGAACUAAGUAGACAAAAGGAAAGGAUUGCUCAACAACCUUUAGGAGAGAGAGAAGAUGAGGAUCUGAAGAACAAAACUCAACAUCAGGCAAUGGAAAUUGAAUGGUUAGGAUUUCGGAAACCUAGCCAAGUUGAUGUGUUACAUUCUAAGCAAGAGGUUUGGGAUGAAGAAAUUAAUAAUGAUGAUGAUGAUGAUUGCAAAGAUGAUGAAGAUGAAGUUCGAGUGAUAGAAUUUAAGAAAAAAAAUGAAGAAGGUUCUCAGUUAAAAGAGGAAGGCGAUGCAAGUGAGGACUCCCCACUGAGCAGCCCCAGUUCCCAACCUGUCACACCUGAUGAGCAGUCAACCUUCGGGAAGAAGGGUGAUAUUUCCAGAAAUGCUUAUUCAAGAUACAAUACAAUAUCCUAUCGGAAAAUCAGAAAGGGGAACACCAAGCAAAGAAUUGAUGAAUUCGAGUCUAUGAUGCAUUUAUAA